AUGGCGAGUCUACAACACCUCACAAACCUCGCCGAAGGCAUCCUCAGAAACACAAAUGUGCUCACUGCGUACCUAGAGAGAGAAGGGAAGGAAGCACCUACUUUUGAUGCGGAGGGACUGAGUGAGUGGGAUAUUGGGGAGGGAGAGGUGGAGGUUAGGAGGGCGAGGACGGAGUUGGUUGAUAUGAGUAGGGAGUUGGGGGAUUUGGCUGUUGGGCCGAGGGAGGGGUUGAAGGGGCUGGCUUGGGAUUGUAUAGACAAUCUGAGCUUACAAGUCGUCUGUGAAUUUAAAAUCGCAGAGGCUGUCCCGAUCGAAGGAACUAUCUCGUAUCAGGAAUUAGCUGAGAAAGUCGGGGUUCCGCUGUUGAAACUACGACCUUUAAUCCGCCACGCAAUAACCAACCACAUCUUCCACGAACCCCUCAAAAACCACGUCGCCCACACCAGCACCUCCCGUCUGCUCCUCCCCAACGAAAACCCUCCAAUGCACGCCUGGGUCAACUUUUGGACCGACGACCUCGCCAUCUCAGUCGCCAACGUCGUGAAUGCGAUGAAGAAAUGGCCGGAUAGUCAGGAGAGUAAUGAGACGAGUGUGAACUAUGCGUGGGAUACCAAGCUUAAUUGGUAUGAUUGGGUGCAGCAGAAGGAGGGGCUCGCGAAGAGGUAUGGAUUGGCGAUGGCGGCGCAUGGAGGGGGUGAGGGGUUUAGGGUUGAGUAUACGGUUGAGGGGUAUCCUUGGGGUGGGUUGAAGGAGGGGGCUACUGUUGUUGAUAUGGGUGGAAGUCAAGGUUUCGUCUCCUUCGCCAUCGCAGAGAAAUUCCCUGCGCUUAACUUCAUCGUGCAAGAUACAGCUGGCAUGCGAACUCCUGAGACUAUUGGUACUGUUCCAGAGGCUCUUCGGGACCGUGUCAAGCUUACUACUCAUGAUUUCUUCACGGAGCAGACUGUGGUUGCCGAUGUGUAUUUCUUUCGAUGGAUCUUUCAUGGGUUCUCGGAGAAGUAUUGUGUGGAGAUCUUGAGAAAGCUGACGCCGGCGCUGAGGAAGGGUGCGAGAGUUGUGAUUAAUGAUGGGGUUCUACCUGAGCCGGGGAGUGUUGGGAGGGUGGAGGAGAAGAGUAUGAGGACUAUGGAUGUUGUCAUGCAAGUGACUGUCAAUGCUAGAGAGAGAGAACUUGACGACUGGGCCGAGCUAUUCAAGACUGCUGAUCCAAGAUAUAAGUUUUUGAAUGCUUGGAAGCCAGAGAAGAGUCGAAUGUGGAUGAUUGAAGCUGAGUGGACUGGUUGA